AUGGCACAAUAUCAGGUUUACGAAAUGCCUUCUUCUCUCGAUGCACUCGAGGGGCACGAACUGCCUUCCUCCCGAACAUCGAGUGAAACCUAUCUGGACAGCCCACCUGCUUAUGAGGCCGUUGCUGGACAACUUGCUCAGGAAGCUGCUGAGGUUCGAGAUGAUGGACGUAUCACAGUCGACUUGAACUCCAGACUAGCAAGGACUUUGUCGAAGUUCAUGCCAAAAUGCCCCAUCUACUCUGCAGGAGAAGAUCGAAGAGGGGAGAAACCUGCUCAGGAACCCAAGCCAAUAUCGUGGAAUGUCAAACUUAACAUCGUGGUGCAGGUUGUCGGCAGCCGGGGAGAUGUGCAACCAUUCAUCGCUCUAGGAAAUGAGCUGCAGAAACAUGGACAUCGAGUCAGAUUAGCGACUCACAACACCUUCCGGAAUUUUGUCGAGAGCCACGGACUGGAAUUCUACCCUAUUGGCGGGGAUCCUGAGGAGCUUAUGGCAUACAUGGUUAAGAAUCCCGGAUUGAUUCCCAGCAUGAAGAGUUUACGACAGGGUGAUAUCCAGCAGAAACGCGCAAUGGUAGCACAAAUGUUGACUGGAUGUUGGGAAUCCUGCGUUGAACCUGAUCCAAUCUCUGGAAUCCCUUUCGUGGCCGAUGCAAUUAUCGCGAAUCCUCCAAGUUUCGGUCACGUCCAUUGCGCCCAAGCACUUGGCAUUCCGGUCCAUCUCAUGUUCACGAUGCCAUGGACGAAUACAAGAGCUUUCCCUCAUCCUUUGGCGAAUUUAAAGAAUGGUGGGAAAGACAGCAAGCUGGGAAACUACACUUCAUAUAGUGUCGUGGAAUGGUUGACUUGGCAGGGUCUAGGAGACGUCAUUAACAACUGGCGAGAGACCAUGGACCUGGAACCAGUCUCAUCAAUGGAUGGACCAAAUCUUGCGGCUCAGCUAAAAGUGCCAUUCACUUACUGUUGGUCACCUGCUUUAGUCCCGAAGCCUAUUGAUUGGGCUCCUCAUGUCGACGUUUGCGGCUUCUUCUUUCGAGAGGCACCCAAUUAUACCCCACCACCAGAGCUCGAUGCAUUUCUUCGUGCCGGAGAACGACCGGUGUACAUCGGCUUCGGCAGCAUCGUUAUUGACGACCCAAUCAAGAUGAGCAAUGUGAUCAUCGAAGCCGUACAUAAGUCCGGUGUUCGAGCGAUUAUCUCCAGAGGUUGGAGCAAACUUGACGGCCCCGCCAUGGACAAUAUAUAUUAUCUGGGAGAUUGUCCUCACGAAUGGCUUUUCCAGCACGUUGCGGCGGUGGUGCAUCACGGUGGAGCUGGAACGACUGCUUGUGGUCUGCUGAACGGAAGGCCAACAACCAUAGUACCUUUCUUUGGAGAUCAACCAUUCUGGGGCAACAUGGUGGCAGCACGAAGGGCAGGACCAAAACCAAUUCCUCACAAAACACUCAACUCACAGAACCUGUCAGAAGCGAUCUCCCUCUGCCUCACUCCAGAAGCAAACGCAGCAGCCAAGGACAUUGCCUCGAGUAUGCAACAAGAAUCUGGUGUACGAACAGCAGUCCAGUCCUUCCACGACAAUCUCCCAUUUGAGAAGCUGUCAUGUGACAUCCUGGUAGAUCAACCCGCAUCAUGGGCUUACAAGAAGAAAGGGAAAUCAUUGAAGCUCUCCAAGCUCGCUGUCGAGAUUUUAAGGACAAAUCAUAAAUUCGAUACAAAGAAGCUGGAGCUGUAUGAACCGCGGCCAAUUCACAUUACAACAAAAUACUACGACCCAGUUUCCGGCUCCACAGCUGCUUUCAUAGGCUGGAAUAUCGAUGUUGUGGAGGCUGCUGCUGGAAUGGUCACCAAACCGUAUAAGGAGUACAAGGUUGGUCGUACAACUACGAGCACCAAAUCCGUCACAUCGGAAACCUCCAGCUUGCGCACAAGAUCGUCGUCUUCGAGCACCGAAGUCGAAUCUUUGACCACCGUUUCUGGCAUAACAUCACCUACUAGCUCCAGAUUCUCUUCCUCGAGAAAGAGUGUGGAUGUUUCCAGCCCACCAGGUUUUGGGUGUACCGCUGCGCGCAUGGCCGGCGCGAGUGCCAAGAGCUUCGGGGAUUUGAACGUGAAGGGCUUCAAAGGCUUGCUGGUCGACAUUCCAUUGGCAACUGCUGAGGGACUUCGUAAUGUGCCUGCUCUGUAUGGGGACAAAAUCAGAGAUCACGGCACCGUUACAGAUUGGAAAAGUGGAGCGAUGGCAGGUGGAAAGGCGUUCAUGUAUGGGAUGGGGGAAGGACUUACAGAUAUCUUUGUUGAGCCGUAUAAAGGAGGAAAGAAAGAAGGCGUGGUUGGUGUUGCGAAAGGUGUGGGGAAGGGGACUGUCACCCUGCUGACGAAGACUGGCUAUGGAAUGCUGGGGUUGGUGGCGUAUCCAGGGCAGGGAAUUGCAAAGAGUAUUCGAACUGCGGUGAAAUCGAGGACUCGAAAGGUUAUCGCGAAUGUUAGACACGAGGAGGGGCAAUACUUGUUGAAGGGACCGAUUGGAAGGGAGAUCAAUCACGCUCAAGUCACUGCUGUGUUUGACCACUUCAUGGCAGCAGAAGGAGCAGCACCACGAACGUAA